UUAUGAUUAUCCCAUUUUACCUUAUGGGUUCGUCCCACUAAGAUUAUCUCAUGCCAAAUUUGGUAAAGUGUGUGUCUCUAAAUCAUUCUUACUUUAUUAUUACUUUAUCAAUCAUAUAUCAACCACAUAACCCGCUUUUUAUUAAUUUGCGUGUCACUCCCUCUUGUCCCAUUGUUAGCGGGACGGAGGGAGUAAUAUUUUGUAAAUAAAGUACAUAUACUUAAGGGGGGAAACGUUUCUGAAUUGGUCCAUUUAUUAGAUAAGGAUUAUCCACUUUUUUUUUAGAUAAGGAUUAUCCACUAUUCCCACUCAACUAAGUGGGAGAAGAUUGGUAACUUCUCCCAUUUUUUGCGUUGCACGAUGAGAGUUCUUUGAUGGGCAGAACACGAUAAAUAGCAGCGGUAUUGGCUCUUGUUUUGUACCCCUGAGUCUGCUCCUCACUAUCAUUAUACACAAUUACACACCAUCUAAUCUUGUGAAGAGAAAGGCUUGGAACAGCAAAACAAGCAAGGCAGUGAGCUGUGUUGUUCAAAGAAAUGGUUGGAGGAACAUGUUCUCCCUCAUUUGGGCUGGAUGGACAUUGACUAUGCAAUAAGUAAAGACGAAUCACCGACUAUAAGUGUAACUAGCACUCGAGAUGCGAUUGAUCUUUAUGAAAAAUGGGAGAGUUCUAACCGUCUUUCAGUAAUGUGGAAGCUUGACAGCCCAUGAGAAGAAAAAGAAGGAUCAUGCCAAAGCUAAAGGCAGCAUCCCUCCACAAGCAGUCAUUAAGAAACAGUCAAAGUGUUUCUUUUGCAAGAAAAAGGAACACAUGAAGAAAGAAUGCUCAAAAUUCAAGAGCUGGCUCAAAAAGAAAGGUACUACAUUAGCUUUUGUGUGUUAUGAAUCUAAUAUGAUUAAUAUUAAUCACAACAGAUGGUGGAUUGAUUCGGGUUCAACAAUCCAUGUUUCUAAUAUCUUACCGGGUAUGGAAAACCUAAGGAAACCAGUGGCAAGUGAACAAUGCAUCUAUUCAGGAGGAAGAAUAAUUUCACAUGUUGAAGCCAUUAGGACAUGCAAUUUAGUUUUAAGCAGUGGUUUUGUUUUACGAUUGGAAAAGACCUUUUAUGUUCCUAGUUUUUCUAAGAAUUUGAUUUCUGUUUCGAGACUAGCUCCUUUAGAAUUUUGUUUCAAUUUCUCAAGUUCUGGUUUUACCUUAAUAAAUAAAUAAAAAAC